UGGGUGCCGUCGUGCGUGUCCCUGGGUGGCUCUGUCUGUCCCCGCGUGUCCGUCUGUCCAUCCCUCGCCGUGUAACCGGCGGGGUCUGUGUGUGUGUGUGCGCGCCUGCGUGUGCGCGCAGCAGGGAGGGCAGAAGCGGCCGCGCCGCGCAGCAGAGCACGCCGUGGCCGUGGCCGUGACCGUGACCGUGGUCGGGACCGUGGCCGGGACCGGAGGAGGAGCUGCGGCACUCCUGUAGCCCCGCGGAGCCGUCGUGCGAGCGCGCCGAAGCGCAACAGGCGGGGCGACUCCUCCUGGGCGGUGAAGGGGAGGUGUCGGGGAGCGGGCACAGGCACGAGCACGAGCACGAGCACGGGCACGGGCACGGGCACGGGCACGGGCAGGGAGCGGGCGGCAUGCGGGCGGAGGAGCCGCUGGCGCUGGCGGCCCCGCGGGCGGGCGGCGGCGAGGCGGAGGCGGCUGGCGAGGAGCGGAGCGGCGGCGGCUGCUGCAGCAGCGAGCGGCUGGUGAUCAACAUCUCCGGGUUGCGCUUCGAGACCCAGCUGCGGACCCUCUCCAUCUUCCCCGACACGCUGCUGGGGGACCCCAGCCGCAGGGUGCGCUACUUCGACCCGCUCCGCAACGAGUACUUCUUCGACCGCAACCGGCCCAGCUUCGAUGCCAUACUCUACUACUACCAGUCCGGGGGCAGGCUCCGGAGGCCAGUCCACGUACCCCUCGACAUCUUCCUGGAGGAGAUCCGCUUCUACCAACUGGGCCAGGAGGCCAUUGAGACCUUUCGGGAGGAUGAGGGCUUCAUUCAGGAGGAGGAGAAGCCCCUGCCCCAGCACCACUUCCAGCGCCAGGUCUGGCUGCUCUUUGAGUACCCUGAGAGCUCUGGGCCGGCCCGGGCCAUCGCCAUCGUCUCCGUGCUGGUGAUCCUCAUCUCCAUCGUCAUCUUCUGCCUGGAGACCCUGCCCGAGUUCCGCCAGGAGCCCAAGGGCUCCCAGCCCGGCUUCGGGGAGGCAGCAGUGCCCGGGGACGACACGCUGCUGCUGCCACCACCGCCGCCACCAAGUGGGACCCCACAGCCCCUGCGACCCACUGCUGGCGCAGGCCCUUUCUUCACUGACCCCUUCUUCCUCAUCGAGACCCUGUGCAUCAUCUGGUUUUCCUUUGAGCUCCUUGUGCGCUUCUUCGCUUGCCCGAGCAAGCCCGAGUUCUCUCGCAAUAUCAUGAACAUCAUCGACAUUGUGGCCAUCAUCCCCUACUUCAUCACCCUGGGCACGGAGCUGGCCCAGCAGCAGCAGCAGAAGCAGCAGCCUGGGAGCAGCAGCAACAACGGGGGCCAGCAGCAAGCCAUGUCCUUGGCCAUCCUCAGAGUCAUCCGCCUGGUCAGAGUCUUUAGGAUCUUCAAGCUCUCCAGGCACUCCAAGGGGCUGCAGAUCCUGGGUAAGACUCUCCAGGCCAGCAUGAGGGAGCUAGGCCUUCUCAUCUUCUUCCUCUUCAUCGGGGUGAUACUCUUCUCCAGUGCUGUCUACUUUGCAGAGACCGAUGACCCCGAUUCCCUCUUCACCAGCAUUCCCGAUGCUUUUUGGUGGGCAGUGGUGUCCAUGACCACUGUGGGCUAUGGGGACAUGUAUCCCAUGACAAUUGGUGGCAAGAUUGUGGGCUCCUUGUGUGCCAUUGCUGGUGUGCUCACCAUUGCCCUGCCUGUCCCUGUCAUCGUGUCCAACUUCAACUACUUCUACCACCGAGAGACUGAUCAUGAAGAGCAGUGCCAGUACACCCAUGUCACCUGUGGCCAGCAGCAGUCACCCUUCUCUGAGCCCAAGAAGGGGGACAGUAAUCAGUCGCUCAGCAAAUCUGAAUUCCUGGAAGCAGAAGACCUGGAGUCCAUGAAAUAUUCCAACUUCAUUCCCCCCAACAAUCAGGGUUAUAAAGAGAAGAAAAUGCUGACAGAGGUGUGAUCAGUUUUGUUGUCAUGGGUCCAGACACAGAGCUGCAAGCUGCUGCACAGCCGUCUUCCCACUAGCAGCUGGAUCUAUUCAGCAUUUACAUACCAGACUGUGAAUUGUGAUACCGUAAACAGAGUGAUUGUGAUAAUGGGCUCUUCUCUGCUGAUUUGCUGUUUCUCAUUACUGUGUGCAGUCAGAAAUGUUCUUGCUUUAUUCUGUGGAGUGCUAGCUGUCAUCCCUCACUCCCUCAUGAAUGUCUUUUCCUUUUUUGAAGAGUGCUGUAAACCAAUAUUAGCUCUGAAGCCUAACCUUUCUUCUCCACUAGCAAAGAACCCCUUGCCACAACUUCGGCUGAAGGAUUCAACAGGGAGUAAAUAGUUAAAGGGGUUACAAACAUCUGGCUCAAGCUGUGUCCUUCGUUCCCGUGCCAGUGCAGUGCCCUUGGCUGUGGGAUCAGUCACGCCUGCCAUGCCAUUGCCUUUGAAUAAUGGAAAUGCUGUAGCCAGCAUCACAGUGAGUUCUGUAGCUGUAAGGAAGAAGUCAACAACCAGAUGCCUUUCUUCUUUGCAACACUUGGCAUGCUGAAGACCCUCUUGGUUUAUGUUUCAAAAAAGGUGCAUAGAUCUAAAAGCUCUUUGCCACUCCUGACCAUAUACUAUUUAUCAAAAAUGAGCAUAAAGAAAUCAACAGGCUUGUUGAAGAAUCUCUGUGUUGUGAGCUUAUUUCAGCCUUAUUUGUUCCAGUGCCCUGAUGUUAAUUGACUUUUAUAGUACCAAGUUAUUUUUCAUAGUGCUAAGUGCCUUCUGAUGCUAGGCACAUUUGAGAAAAUUCAUUUGUUAUCUCCGCAGUUUAUCUCCACACAAUAGUGUUUAAUGAGAUGUACUUUAUGCAUCAGAUACCCAGUUCUGUAUUCAGGCAUGUGAGAGCAACUGACAUCAUUGCAUUUUCACUGAAGUGUUUCUGUAGCUGAGGAAGUUUGUAUGUUGGUAUUUUGUUGGCAUUGCUGAAAAACCCCAACCACCUGUGCUAUCUGAAGAUUGCACUGAUAUAGUGGGUCACAGUCAUAAAUUACCCCAGGGUAAGUGUGUCAACAUUAGAGAUCUAGACUGGCACUGAUACAAGCUUGCCUAAGCCAUCUGCACAAACUCAGUACCCCAGAUCUUUCAAAUCAGAGGAAAAAGAGCUAACCUUGAAGAAAUGUUUUUGCUUUUUUUACUGAUUCAGCCAGUUCUAUGUAUUUCUUA